CAAAAAAACAGAAACAGGUGCAGAAGAGGAGAGGAAGAAGAAUAAAAUAAUUCACCAAGCUUGAGCGUAAGGCGGUGUUCUUGUGUUCGCUUUGGAGAGUCAUCACUAGCUGACACCAGCCAAAGAGAAAGAGAGAAGAGAUGGCUGAGGCUCCAAAGAUUGAGCUCUUUGUCAAGGCCAGCGAUGACGCUGAAAGCAUCGGGAACUGUCCUUUCUCCCAGAGGCUCUUCAUGAUUCUUUGGUUGAAGGGAGUCAACUUCACCCUCACCACCGUCGACAUGAGGAGGGCACCAGAUGUGCUGAAAGAUCUGGCUCCUGGAUCUCAGCCUCCCUUCCUCCUCUACAACAAGGAGGUGAAAACAGACACCAAUAAGAUUGAAGAGUUCCUAGAGGAAACCUUGGCCCCACCACAAUACCCAAAACUGUGUUGUCGAUACAAAGAAUCCAACGGCGCAGGAGAAGACAUCUUCCGGACGUUUUCGGCGUACAUUAAAAAUCCCAAUCCUGGUUUGAAUGACUUGCUGGAGAAGAAAUUCCUGUCAACUCUGGUGAAGCUGAAUCGGUACCUUGAGACAGCGCUCCCUCAUGAGCUGGAUCAGAACCCAAAUGAAACUGAGUCUAAACGCCUCUACCUGGACGGUAACUCCUUGACCCUGGCGGACUGCAACCUGCUCCCCAAACUCAACAUUGUAAAGGUGGUGUGCAAGCUGUACCGUAACUUUGACAUGCCCAGAGAGCUGAAAGGUCUGACACGUUACCUGGACAGAGUCUACAAGGAGGAUGUGUUUAGGUGCACCUGCCCAAACGACUCAGAGAUUCUCAACGCGUACAAAUCUGUGGCCAAAUACCUGAAAUAAUAGGUCAACAGGGAGUAAAAAAGGAAGAAAAAAAUUAGUAAAAAUAAACAGAAACAAAGAAAAUCAUACUUAUGGUGACAAGCUGAAACCCUAACUAACCUUUAUAUCCUAAUUAUGAAAAUGAGGGUUUGAUUUAAAUGUUUACAUCUGCGUGUUUCAUUAUUUCCUUAAGUGUUUUGUAUAUAUCUGAGGCAGAUGUAAUGUGAAAUAUACAGAUGUGGAAUUAUUUUUCAUGACCUGCAAAGAGUAGGAAAACAUCCCACAGGAAUUUUGUUUUGUGUCUCAUUGUGUGUGUUUAUCAGUACGUGAGAGCUAUAAAUAUUUCAUUUUUUGCAUGUUUCAGUAUUUUAUGUUCAGACAUUAGCAUCA